CUUCAAAAUAUGUCUAAAAAUUUAGUACUGAAACUGAAACCUUACACAAAUGUAACACUCAAAAUUUUUGAUUUUUCAAACACUCACACACACACACUCAAUUGUACGUACGGGGAAAUUGUAACCACAUGGAGGACUCUAAGAGGAAAUACACUUUCAAGAUCCUAAUGCUAGGCGAUUCGGGAGUUGGUAAAACUUGCCUAUUGCAACGUUUUUUGGAGAAUCGUUACACGGAUAACUCUGAGAGUACGGUGGGGAUUGAUUUCCGUUUGCAUACGCACAAAUUGUCCGGGCAUCUGGUGGACCUACAACUCUGGGAUACCGCAGGUGAGGAGCGUUUCCGUUCGGUGGGAACCACAUACUAUCGGGGCGCACAUGGCAUAAUAUUGGUCUAUGAUACAACGAAACGUGAAACUUUUAAUAAUAUCGAUAGCUGGCUGCUGGAUAUUCAGAGGCAUGCGGCCGAGGGGGUCAAUAUAAUGAUAGUGGGCAACAAGUGUGAUGCCCUGGGCCAGCGCCAGGUGAGUCAGCAGACAGCUGCCGUCUUUGCCGCUCAAUUGCACGUGCCCUUCUUUGAGGCGUCGGCGAAAAGUGAUUUGAAUGUGCAAGACAUAUUCACCAACAUGUCGGUGAUGAUCUAUAAUCGUUUGAUUGCACCACGCAUACUAGAUUCCAUGGCCGAUUCAUCGGUGGUCACAACCAGAACAAGUCCAUCUUUAACCAGCAGUGUGCGAGUUAAGGCCAAUCCGGCUAAAGUGCAGCAUUCAUCCUGUUGCUAAAUCUUUAGAUUUACGUUUAUCUUAUGAACGUAAGAAACCCCAACCCUGACCCCGACCCCAAGCCCCAACAAUCAACUACCGUCUGAGAUAACAAUCAUCCCCAUCCUGCAAUCAAAUCAUUUGGCAAUUGUCCAGCAUCAAUUUGUGUGGACUUACACAUCAUCAUCGUAAAAACGGGCAUCAUUGGCAAGACGGAGGGUGAGAGUAUGAGAAGGAGGAGGUGGAGGCGGCGGAUUCAUUAUGAUUGCAUUUUCAUGUAACGACAUAUAUAACACAUUAAAGUCUUUUGCCCUGCGCAUAAUCUGUUGAUUUUCUCAAGUCUGAAGUCUUAAGGUUCUAGAAGCACGAAUUUUGAGUGAAAGAGAAGAAUUUGUCCUUGUUUGGCCACUUUUCCAUUUAAUUCUAGACUAGAAUUCCUUAAUUUGAAUGAAAUGUUUUUGUUUUCUCUUUGUUUGAGCAUUAAUAUUGUAUCGAAGAAAUAUAUAUUUUUACAAAAUUCCAUUAAAAACGCUAUAAAUCAAGAUUUAAACAGAAAAUUAACUUAAUAAAACAUAAUACAACAAUA